UCACAAGGUGUGUGUGCAGCCAGUGGAAGGAAGCUGCUGAUUGUUCUCCUGGUAUGGAGGGUUGGAUCUGCACCGACGACGUCUUCACCUGCUUCGCCACUCCCUCCGUCAUGUGGCGGCUGCUGUCCAUGGAGCAUGAUGACUUCUUGACAGUGGCCCAGUCCUUAAAGAAAGAGUUUGACAGCCCAGAGACGUCAGACCUGAAGUUUGGCGUGGAUGGGAAGUGUGAACACUUCCGGUCCAUGUUCCAGUCCCACUGGAACGAGGACAUGAAGGAGGUGAUCGAGAUCGACCAGUUCUCCUAUCCUGUGUACUGCUCCUUUCUGGAGUUCCUCUACAUGGACAGCAUGGAUCUGCCCCCGGAGGAUGCCAUAGGUACUGCGCACUAAACUCCACAUCUUUUGAGACUGAAGACUUGCUUCCUUUGAUUACACCAUUGCUCUCUCGUU